GAGAUGAUCCCCAGAGAAGACUUGGAGAAACUCAAGUCUAAGAUGGUCCCCAAGGAAGACGUGGAGAAACUGAAGUCUGAGAUGGUCCCCAAGGAAGACGUGGAGAAACUGAAGUCUGAGAUGGUCCCCAAGGAAGAAGUUGAAGAGAUGAAGACGCUGAUGGUGAGUCUUGAGGAGUUUGAGGAACUGAAGGAAGCGAACGACUCGGAGGUGGCGUUCCUGUCUAAGAAAGUGGAGGAGACAGAGAGGCAGUGCAAGGAGGCCAGGGCAAUGGUGCAGAAGUUAGAAGCUGACAACACAUCCCUGACCAGGCAGUUGGAAGACCAGGUUUCUCCCAGUAAAGUUCUCGCUGACAAGAACUCCCAACUGGUGAAAGAGCUGAACAGCAAGAUGGCGCAGUUACAAGAGUUCAACGAGGAACACGUAGAAACUGUCAAGAUCACCAAAGAGCUUCUCCGAGAGAAGGAGAAAGAGAACAGAGAGCUCAAACAGGCGAUGAAGUCUCUUCAACGCGAGGCAGACGACUCACAAGAAGAAGUCUCCAUACUGAAGGAACAACUCAAGAAGAAUGCAGACACGGCAGCUUCUAAAAGCACUGAGCAGGAGAACGCAGUCAAGACCAUGAAACAGGAGGUCAAGUCACUGGAAGGAAGAGUUAAGAAGCUGACAGAGGAGAGCCUACAGCUAAAGGACCAGUUGAAGGAUCGGGAGAAAGACUCAGCAAGCAAAGCAGUACAGCAGGAGAACCACAUGCUAGAGCUGGAGACGUUGAGUUUCGAGUUAGAAACGACGAAGCGAGAUAAAUCGAAGCUAGAGAAGCAGCUGAAGCUACAGCAGGAAGAAGCCUCCAUGAGGAAGGCAGACGAAAACCAGCAGCUGGAAGAGAUGGACAGACUGAAGGACGAGAUCCAGGGUCUGAAAUCAGAAAACCUGCAGGCUAAGGAGAAGCUACGGGACCUGGAGGAGGAAAACUCACUAAAAGCAACGUUUGUGGAGAAAGAAGCCAUCCAGAUGCAGGCCUUAAAGGAAAAGAUCGAGUCGGUGGAAGGUGAGAAUCUUGACCUGAAGGUCGAACUAGAGGAAGCCAAGGACGUGACAGCCCAGCUGAACGAGAGAAUAAAAGAGCUUCAGGAGGAGGAGUGUAAGAAGGUGGGAGAAGCAGAGAAGAGGGAGUCUGUGCAAAUGCAGUCACUAAGGGACCAGAUCAACACUUUACAACAGCAGAAUACCGAUCUUCAGGAUAACCUCAGCAGCCAGGAGGUUCGGAUGCGGGAGGCUCGGGAGAUCAACACCCAGCUGGGGACCCGGGUCCAGGAGCUGGAGAGGGAGAGAGCACUCCGGAUCAUCGGCGAGGAGACCGAGUCCAACCAGCUGAAGUCACUAAAGAACCAAGUGCAGUCCCUGGAAGACGAGAAGCAACAAAUCCAAGACAAACUAAAGGAACAAGUUCAAAGUCUUGACCUUGAGAACCAGCAGCUUCAGGACAGGUUAAGACAGAAGGAAGCGGAGACAGCAAACAGGGCGGCGGAGGAUGCGAAGAUCGAGGGGAAACUGGAAGAGUUUAAGUCAAAACUUGCAAGACUGGAGGAGAUCAACCAGGAACAACAGACCAGACUAGAGAAACAGGAGUCCCUGAUAGCCCAGUCUGCAGCAGAUGGCAGGGUGAAGAAGCAGGUUGAAGCCCUCAGGAGCCAGCUUUCCAGGCUACAGCUACAACAUACGGAAGCCAACAGGAGACACAAGGAGCAGAUCAGCACCUACCGUACACACCUGCUCAGCUCCAUACAGGGCACCAUGGAUGUGGAGGUGGAGACAGCGCUGAAACAAAUCCUGCAGGUCCGAGGGUCGGCUGAGGACUACUGCUAAUGUUGAAGAGACCCCCAUGUGGAUAAGAUACCUGCAGUGUCCUGAGAUGAUGGAGAAGUGUGGCUCUGAGGAGAGACAUGUUUAUCACACACACAGCAGCAGGGUGCAAGUCUACACACAUCAAUACAAGAUGAAGUUACAUCAACCUUAUGUAUCGAGAUGAGGAACGGCAAGGCAUGAAGUUGUUUUUUGACACUUGCCAGAUAACAGCUAAAAUUUGUGCUUUUCUAAGAUCCUGUGUGGUCACACAUUUGUGUUAGCUUAUCUUCUCUAAGGUUCCUGCAUGGCAACUACUUUGUUUCUUUAUUUGUUUGCUUGCAUUUUGGGCCAAAAUUGCUUUUUUUAUCUGAUGGCAUUUCAGUCUUAUUACAGUCAGUUUCUUGUGGACCAAGAAAAGCCUGACUCAUGGCGCCAGCUAGGGAGUAUUCUAGAUUUAGAAAGAGCUAUAAAGGUUAGCAGAAAGAGCUAAUUAAAAAUCUUCUCGUAAAGAGCUAAAGUUACUCAGAAAGGGCUAACUAACUACAUUCACAAAAGCCUGUCAGAAAGAGCGGACU